CUUUAGGCUACUUUACUUCAGUACUGCAUGGAGAGAAUGUCACAAUUCAUUUUAAUGCAGAAUAUCAGCGGUCAGAGACCAGAACUGUCAAUGCCACGAUGCAAACCUGCAACUCAGCAGAGGUGAACCAUGCAACCUCAGCGGUGAUCAGUGCCACGGCCCGCAUGAGCAGUCAAACGUUGUGUGCCAUGAUGAGUGACGGAAACGUCUCCAUUGAUAAACUGCAGCGGCUGCACAUGCAUCUCAGACAUGUCAUCCAAUCAGCACUGGAUCUGUCUGCAGAGCUGAACCUGCAAACAGAUGUCAGUGUGGCUGCUCUCUUUGCUUCUUUGGACGAUCUCACUGAAACAAUGGUCCACAAUCUACCAUUUGUUGAGAACUGGCUGUAUUUGAAGUUUCUGCCCAUUCUGUCAUAUAUGGAUGACGAGAUUGUGACACAACUCAGCCAGAUGAACUUCACUUGUGGAGCCUUCCACGUGAUUGUGAAAGUUCUCAGCAGGGAGGCAUCACUGAUCACAGACAGUCAGCAGAAGCUGAUCUUCACUCAUCUCAUUUACUCUUACCUGUCCAGGACAGAUACAGCAGGUUGCUUUUCAAAUAUCACCAAAAACAAUGAAUGGCUGCAGAGGAAUUUUGGGAUCUUCUCUAAAUAUGCAUCUCUCAGUCAACUGCAAAUGCUCAACAGCCAUUUCACUAAGGAUACUGAGUCCAUCUCAAGUGGCAGAGUUCACUGUGACUUCUGA